CUGGUCAGACGGGAUCAUCACUCGUCUACAGGCUCUCUCACAGUGCAGACCGUUUCUUAUUUUCUCCCCCAACUGUCCAGCGCAAGUGAGUGCAAGUCCAAGAAAGAAGAAAAUCUCAACAGCUCAAUUGAAAAAGAAAACAAACAAUUCAACUGAAAUUAGUUCUUCAUUUGCAUCAAUCUGGUUUCCGUAAUUUGGCGAAACAUUAGCAGAAAGCGAAAAGCGAAAAGAAAAAAGAAAAAGUUCAAAGUUCAUUUGUUUGAAGUUGAAGUUGUUGAGUUUUGAAGAGUGUCGAGCGAGUGUGACAUGACGAUCUUGACACCGUCGACGAGCCCCAACAGUUCAAGCGCAUCCGGAAUGGUUUCCGUUCACCCAUCGCCGCUCUUUGUUAAUCAACAUCUUCAUUUGAUGCACUUCAACGGCCUGAGCAAGAACAACAAUCAGUUCGCCAACAUGAUGGAAGACAAGGCCAGCAACAUCAGGACGUCGCCGAUCACGACAGUGACAUCCGCCAGCUCCUCUUCUCCGCCAGUUGUCAUUCCAGCCAAGCCCAAAAUCGGUUUCUCCAUCGAUUCGAUUGUGGGCACGGCCAGCAGUUCCAACACUCGGCCGGCUUCGUCAUCGUCUUCGUCUUCUUCCGCCUCCGACGGCAGUCGUUCGGCUAGUCCGCCCGAUGUUGCCCUCCUGGCGGCCGCCACAAACAAUCGAUUGGUGCACCACGAAAGCGGAUUCCAAUCAGUCAGUCCUCGUCCGGGCUCAUCCGGUGGUACUCCAGUGUCUGUCCGUUCGGAGCCAGGCACUUCGCCCAUCUCAGCUCCUCCUCCGCAUCCGCAAAUGAUGCCCGGAUGGCCUCUACCUCACCCACAACAGCAGCAGCCGCACGCUGCCAUGGGCCCGGCCUACUUUGAAGCUCUGGCCAGCAUGAGAGCGCUCUACGCCCAACAGCAACAACAACCUUUCCAUCCGCACAUGAUGAUGGCCGGACCUCCGCCAGGAGCUAGCAAUCAUCCAUGGUGGCUGUUGGCGCAGGCUCGCCAACAGCAACAACGACUUUUGGCCGUUGCAGCCCAUCAACGUUUUCCCGCCGGUCCAGGUGAUUUGGCCGGAUUCCUAUUGUCGCCCUUCCGCAAGCCGAAACGCGUGCGGACGGCCUUCUCGCCCAGCCAACUGCUCAAGUUGGAACACGCUUUCGAGAAGAAUCACUACGUCGUCGGUGCCGAACGCAAACAACUGGCCCAGAACCUGAACCUCACCGAAACGCAGGUGAAAGUCUGGUUCCAGAAUCGUCGCACCAAACAUAAACGCGUCCAGCAAGAAGGAGAUGAUCCAGCCGGCGGCAGUGGUGGCAACGGCAAGAAAUCGGGCAACAACGCUGCAUCGUCGGAUCAGAUGAUGAGCGACGACGAAGAUAACUCCGACAUUGAUCUCGAAGUGUCCGAUGACGAGGACUUCCUCCAUCAUCCAUCGUCAGGUAAUCAUCCGCACCACGACCGUCGGAUGAUUUACAGUUGAUCCCGUUGACCCUGUAUACAUCUCAUCCAACGCUGUGUCUCCUCGUCAUCAUUCCCCCCUUUGAACUGCAUCCAUUUUUCUUUCUUUCUUCUUAAUUAAGAAUCUGUAUAUCUAUACAUGCAAAUAUGUAAACAAAGAAGAGAAAAGAAAAGGUAAAAGAAAGAGCACACGCAGUAGAAUGUCACACGAUUAGUUCAUCUAAACCAUUGGAAUUCUGUAAUCAAGUGUUGUGUGUGUGUGUGUGUGUGUGUGUAUAUCAUUUGUAAUACGCCGUGUCAGUGUCCGAGCUUAAAUACCGUUGUAUCGCCCGUUUUUUUGUUUUGUUUAUGUGUGUGUGCUUGUGUACAUAUCCAGCCCACGUCAUUUUCCUGUGUUCCUUUUGCGUAUGUGUGAAUUCCUCCCUCCCCCCCCCACAUCAGUCAAAAAGAGAUAAACAAAAAAGAGAGAAAACAACAACAACAAUUCCAUUUGAAAUAUUAUAUACAUAUUAUAUAUACAUAGAUGUAAUAAUAAUAGUUUUAAACCAAAUAAUGAUUAUGAUCAUUGUCCCACCAAAUUGUAGCUAUAUAUACACUGCACCAAUUUCUUAUAUAAUAGUAUAGACCUUUAUAUAUACAUCGAUUUGAUCUUGUGUCCAAUACAUUCCUUUACGUUGGUCAAACAAACAAAAACAAA